AAGUCAAGCUACUGAAAAAAACCUCCAGACAAAUAUAUAGGCCUAAACGUUUUGGGUUUUGCUUGCCUGCCCUCAUAUUUAUUUAGGCAAAUGCGUUGGUUGGGCUAUGUUUUAACCGGGCACUACAGAAUAAAGACCGACCCGCUGCAACAAACAAACGGCCGUGAGUUAUUACAUAAGUCCUGGUGACAUAACCUCUGAGCGGAGCUCGGGCCGACAGCCAGGGCGCAAAGAGCAAGCGGGUUGAAACCGGAGUAGCCUGAACUGCUUGUACAAGGAAGUUCGUUGCAAAAAUGAAGUUGGCUGAUAUUAUCCUCACGUGAAGACAACACGGAAUAUGAAGAGAGAGUGACAACAGAGAAUGACAAAAUGACAAAGACGUUGUCAGAGUAAAUGAGCGUACUGACUCUAACAGAGAUGGUAGUGCAUGUUUUAUAGCGCAUGCGCUGUCCCUGCCUCUAGAACAGCAGGUAGUUCUAUAUAUUUAGAAUUAAAGAUCCAAAGUUUUUGAAGUUAUUUAUGUUGCAUUGCAUACUAAGUGCACAGCAAAACGCGCGGUAGAAUAUACAAUAAAAAGGGGUGUGUAGACGCUUGUCCCAGGAGUGUGAAGUGGCGUAGUGUGUGUCAGAGCCAGGUGUAAACACACGCAGUUUGUUUUGACGGGGGGAGUUAUGGAAUUUGAGGAGCACGAUUCACCCGAACACAUCACUACAGAAGAACCAAUCAAAAGAGGAGACACUGUGUCCAAGAAGACUCAUUUGAGAGACACUGUGUCCAAGAAGACCCAUUUGACUCAGAUUGAGGUGAUUCCCUGUAAGAUCUGUGGUGAUAAAUCAUCAGGAGUUCACUAUGGAGUCAUCACCUGCGAGGGCUGCAAGGGUUUUUACCGGCGUAGCCAGCUGCCGUCCGUGUCCUACUCCUGUUCCAGACAGAGUAACUGUCCUAUAGACAGAGCCAGCCGCAACCGCUGCCAGAGCUGCCGACUGCAGAAGUGUGUGACCCAGGGCAUGAGCCGGGAUGCGGUGAAGUUUGGUCGGAUGUCGAAACGUCAGCGGGAGUCUCUGAAUGCCGAGGUGGAGAGACACCGUCAGCAGCAGCAACAGCAGCAUCUCCAGGCAGAGGCCCAACUCGCCCUGCCCUACCCCAGCAAGGCAUGCCGUUUCCGGACACCCCACCUGCUCCAGGCCCCGGCUCCGGCCUACUCCUUCCCUGGAGAGCCAGAGCUGCCACCCUGCCCGACAGAUGUGCUCCCCUACCUGGUGUGCUCCCCAGGCGAGUCCCAGGCUCCAGGUCUGGCCUACCAGGGCUCCUGUGUGUCUCCUGGUAGUGGGCACUCAGACGAAAGAGGGUUCGAUUCCCGUCAGCCGUCUCCUGACCAGACGAUAGGGAUGGGAAUUAGAUCGUAUGACCCAGAAGACCCCUACUGCCCUUACCCCCCCUCCCACUCCCUGCUACACAUAGAGGAGCUGUGUGACAGUAUCGUGCGGUCCCAUAGGGACAACAGUCAGUUCAGACUAGAGGAACUACAGGCUCUGAGAUGGAAGUUGUUCAGCAGAGAGGAGAUCCAUGCCUACCAGAGCAAGUCAGUAGAUGAGAUGUGGCAGCACUGUGCCGUGAGGCUGACUGAAGCGGUACAGUACGUGGUGGAGUUUGCCAAAAGCAUCCCAGGGUUCCGUGGGCUUGGACAGAACGACCAGAUCACCCUGCUCAAGACUGGAUCGAUGGAGGUGGUUCUGGUUAGAAUGAGCAGGUGUUUUAACACAGAGAACAGCACCGUCUUCUUCGAUGGGAAGUUUGGCAGCACUGAACUUUUCAAGUCUCUGGGCUGUGGUGAUCUGAUGGUGGCGGUGUUUGACUUCGCUCACAGAAUGUGUGCCCUGAGACUGACUGAGCAGCAGAUGGCUCUCUUCAGCUCACUGGUGCUCAUUAACCCCGAUCGCCCCUGUCUUGAGGAUAGAGGCAGAGUAUAUAGAAUGAGAAGAGACUUGGAGGAAUGCCUCAGCCACAUGCUACGCAGAGACAACCAGGAGAGCCUUCAGCACAAGCUCUACCAGAAGGUGUCAGUGUUGCGGUCUCUGUGCAGUCUUCAUGUGGAGAAGCUGCACUGGUUCAGCCAGCGCUACCCGCUCACCGUCCACUCUGUCUUCCCUCCUCUAUACAAGGAGCUGUUCACCUCUGACCUGCCUUCUGUGGACUCCCUGUGAACUCCCUCUGAACUGCACCGUACAUGUUGACAGACAAUUAGACAAAGAAACAUGCAUACAGAAGUAGACAGACACGCACACAAACACACACAGACACACACAGACACAUACACAGAGACACAGACACACAAACUUAGACACACAGAGACACAGACACACACAGACACACACACACUCAGAGACACAUACACAGAGACACAGACACACAAACUUAGACACACAGAGACACAGACACAUGAGAAUGCAUUGAUAACAUGAGAGGAAAUUACUUUGAAUGCCUCACUUGUUGAAUAAAUAUAUUUUUGUCAUUUCAGAGAGCAAUGAUUUGAUUUGAUGAAAUUAUUUCAGUAGCCUUUUAGUGAUUGGACAUUGAAGCGAUUUUUCAUGCAAAAAAAUGUUUUAUAGAUUGUUGUUUUGUUUUUCCUUUUUGAGAAUGUUAUUUCGUCCUUGAGAUGAUGUUAUUUUGACUCAGGGCGGCUGUUGUGACUGUUGGGGCGGCUGUUGUGACUGUAUCCAGACCAGUUGCUAGCUGGUAUAAAUGACCAUAUUUAGAUGAUCACUAUGAAAUCUAAUGGGUGUUUUCUGAGUUGUUUUUAAAUGUGUGACUUUACAGAGUUGGCUAACCCAUCAGACUGAGUACCUGAGCUAUAGCCAAUGGGCCCCACGGUUCAGGACCCAAACACACAGUCAAGUAUAUAGCUAGUCUUCUCAAUGAACUGUGUGUGGAUCGAAUUUGACCAACAAUCCUAUCUGUCUCUAUCCAGCUUUAAAAGAGUCUGUGUGUUGCAUUAAAACAGAGUCAGAAAUCCUAGACAGGCAGAAAUGUAAAUAUGAAUCAUCUAGAACAUAAACUUGGAUGCUGGGUAAUAUUGCUGUAGGACUACAGUAUGUAGGCAUUUGAAUGACAAACUUUGGGCAUGACUGUUAUUGUAAACGUGUCAGAUUAGUUGCUUUAACAUUCUCUCUGUUAGUUUGUCUCCUAAGUGUUACCAUGGUGAUUCCCAUUGAAAAGGCUUCCAAUAAACUGCUGACAUGAUUUAAAAAAGGA